GUGAUCUCAAAAUCCAUAAAGGAUUCCCCUGUCUCUUUCUGCAUUUCUAUACUCAGAUAGCAUUCCGACUCUCGUAGGGCAAAACGUCCCAGUGGCCAACAUUCACAUUAACGACAAGGAGCAGCAACUUCACCAACAUGGCCUCAUCCAAAGUCGUCUGUCUUCCAUAACAACGUUCGAGUUACCUGCUGACUAUUUAUAGCCACCAGGUCCUCCCUACCAGCCACAAACUGUUAAUGUUGGUGGAGUCCCAGCUGUCGCCGUUGACGUCCCAAUAUGCAGUGUGUUCAUGUUCCUUUUCCUCGUCGGAGCCAUCUGCCAUAUGACCAUAUUGCAAAUCAACCUGAGGCGAGGACACAAGUUUCUGAUGAGUGGAAUCCUAUUCGGCUUCUGCAUGGCUCGUGAGGUGGCAUUGACCAUACGAAUAGUGUGGGCGGUCUAUCCGGAGGACACCCAGAUAGCCAUUGCCGCGGCCAUUUUCGUUCCAAUCGGUGUGCUGCUCCUGUUCCUCAUCAACCUCAUCUUCGCACAACGGAUUCUUCGAGCUUCGCAUCCUCACCUGGGGUGGAACAAAGCCGUCUCAACCACUUUCACGGUCCUGUACGCCUUAAUAGUUGUCAUGCUCGCCAUCAUAGUCACAGCAACAGUAGACAACUUCUUCGUUCUCAAACCCAACGCUCACAACACAAUUCGAGACUUGACAAUCACUGCGGUGACCUACUUUCUGUUCCUGUCAUUCCUACCUAUUCCGAUCGUCGUCCUGGCCAUCCUCCUUCCUCGAAAGACCAGGGUCGAGAAGUUUGGAAGCGGCCGUUGGCGGAGUAAGGUUGGCGUCCUCCUCACGUCCUCGGUCCUUCUGUGCUUGGGAUCAUCAUUCCGCGCGGCAACCGCAUAUAAGGAUCCGCGACCGAAAAAUAAUCCCGCGUGGUUUGAUAAAAAGUGGUGCUUCUACCUCUUCAACUUCACGCUCGAGACGAUUGUCAUCUAUCUAUACCUCUUGCUUAGGGUCGAUCGUCGGUUCCACGUUCCAAACGGCAGUAAAGGACCUGGGGACUAUAGUGCGGUACAGAGACCGCAGGAGACGCAGCAGGAUUCCGGAGAAAGUGGUGGAGAUAGCAGUGUCGCAACUCGAGUCAACUCCGAAGAAGAAGUGUUCGACGACCACAUGCCAAUCGAACGAGAGCCGAGCAAAGAUAUGGGGAUCUUGGUUUGACGGUCUUGUAUGGAGAUAUUGAAAGGAG